UAUAUGUUGCGUUAAGGUGUGACACUUCCAAGAAAACCAGAACCUGCUUAAGAUAACAAGGAAGGGCUGCUUACUGAGCGCCACGGUCAUAUUAUAUACAUUUAUAGUAAAUCUAAAACAAACAAAAAACAUUUUUGAGGAUGAGGGCGCAGAUACAGAAAGUUCCUCAGAUCGUGGAGCUGCUGAAGAAGAACUCUGUGGGACUGCAGCACUUCAAGCCCACAUCCUCAGUGUGCGUCCUGGAGGAGAAGGAUGCUGUGGAGGCUGCGCGCUGCCCGCACGCUGCCUCCAGAGCGCACAGCUUGGACGCGAUCCCGGGACCCACCAACUGGCCUCUGGUCGGCAGUCUGGUUGAACUCCUGCGCAAAGGAGGCUUGACAAGACAGCAUGAAGCACUGGUGGAUUAUCAUAAGAAGUUCGGCAAGAUUUUCCGGCUGAAGCUGGGCUCGUUUGAGUCGGUGCACAUCGGCGCACCUUGCUUGCUGGAGGCGCUCUAUAGGAAGGAGGGAAAUUAUCCCCAGAGACUGGAGAUCAAACCCUGGAAAGCAUACAGAGACCUGAGGGAUGAGGCGUACGGGCUCCUCAUUCUGGAAGGAAAAGACUGGCAGAGAGUGAGGAGCGCAUUUCAGCAGAAGCUCAUGAAACCCACAGAGGUGGUGAAGCUCGACGGCAAAAUAAACGAGGUUUUGGUGGACUUCGUGGACAGGAUCGGAAAAAUCUGCAACAAUGGGAAGAUUGAGGACCUGUACUUCGAGCUGAAUAAAUGGUCGUUUGAGACCAUUUGUCUCGUGCUUUACGACAAGAGAUUCGGUCUGCUGCAAGAGGAAGUCAACGAGGAAGCCAUGAACUUCAUCACAGCUGUUAAAACGAUGAUGAGCACCUUUGGGAUGAUGAUGGUCACACCGGUGGAGCUCCACAAGAGCUUCAACACAAAGACGUGGCAGGACCACACUGCAGCAUGGGACCGCAUUUUCAGCACAGCCAAAGUCUACAUCGACAAGAAGUUGAAGAGGAAUGCAGUCAGAGCCCCUGACGAUCUCAUCGGCGACAUCUUACACCAGAGCAACCUGUCGAAGAAGGAACUGUAUGCAGCCAUCACUGAGCUGCAGAUCGGAGGAGUUGAGACAACGGCCAACAGUAUGCUGUGGUUUAUUUUCAACCUGUCGCGUAACCCGGCAGCUCAGAAGAGGCUGCUGGAGGAGAUCAGACAUGUCGUGCCCCCUGACCAGGAUCCGUGUGGAGAGCACCUCAAAAGCAUGCCCUACCUCAAGGCCUGCCUCAAAGAAUCCAUGAGGUUAUCGCCAUCAGUCCCAUUCACCAGCAGGACCAUGGACAAAGACACUGUGUUGGGAGAUUAUGCCAUUCCCAAAGGAACAGUGCUGAUGAUUAACAGCCACGCACUGGGCUCCAACGAGGAGUAUUUCGAUGACAGCAAGCAAUUCAAGCCAGAGCGCUGGCUGAGAGAGAACAGCACCAUCAACCCUUUUGCCCACGUUCCCUUCGGCAUUGGGAAGAGGAUGUGCAUCGGUCGGCGGCUCGCCGAGCUGCAGCUACAGUUGGCCAUGUGCUGGUUGGUGAGAGACUACAAGAUCGUGGCCACAGACAACGAGCCUCUCGAUGUGAUCCACUCGGGGCUUCUGGUUCCCAACAGAGAAUUGCCGGUUGCCUUCAUCAGGAGAUGAGGCUCAAAACCCAGCUCACCUGGACAUGACGACAGGAAUGUGAUACCUCUGUUUCCAUGGUCCCGAUGGUUCAAUGACUCCCUGCGUUGCUGCUCUGUAAAUAGAAAAACGAAACCCAGAAAUUAUUAUACAUGUAAUCGUGCCAUAAAUACCUCAGACUUAUUUAAAACUACUACUUAAGACUGUUAAUGACUGACCAAAAUACCAGUUGUGAUGUACAAAAUGAGUGUUGUACCAAGGCAGCUGUCUUUAAAUCUUUAAACCCAGACACGUAGAAUGUAGAGGUGAAAUUAUUACUUUUCUGUGUUUAAUACUUUGUGUAUAUAUAGUUCAUGCAUACUGACAUUGUGUAUAUAAAGUGCAAUUAUAUUAUUGUA